CUCAUCGUUUUCCACUCUCACUCUCUCUAUCUCUCUAUCUUUCUAUCUGUCUGAUUUCCAUCUGAUUUCCGUUGUCAACGAUAGAGAUGGAGCGAAACAACGUGUUCACAAUCGCACUCAUCUGCAUUCUCGUCGCCGGCAUUGGAGGCCAAGCUCCGGCAUCCGUGCCUACAAAGUCUCCGGCGACUCCAGCUGCAACCACACCCACUGCUUCACCACCAGCUGCAACCACACCCACUACUUCACCACCAGCUGCAGCUCCCACAAAGCCCAAGUCACCAUCUCCAGUCGCUUCCCCCAAAUCGGCUCCACCCGCUUCAACUCCGGUGUCGGCAACACCCAAGCCUGCGGCCGCAGCUCCAACUCCGGUGGCUACUACUCCUACUGUUGCCGUUUCACCUCCAUUGCCAGCUCCAGUGAGCUCACCACCUUCUAAGGCUCCGGUCAGCUCCCCACCGGCUAAAUCUCCUCCGGCAGCCACUCCGGCUCCAGUCGCUGAGCCACCGACUACACCUGAGGCUCCGGCUCCAGCUCCUAGCAAGAAGAAGCCUAAGCACAAGUCUCCAGCGGCUGCUCCCACUCCAGAUUCGGACAGCCCACCCGCUCCUCCGGCUGAGGCUCCUGGAGCAGCGAGCCCCGAUGCUUCAACCCCUGGUCCUUCUGUAGCUGACGAUCAGGUAAUGCUGAGUUAAAUUUUAUUUGGUUCGUUUUUUGUUUUUGAGUUUGUCUAGUUUAGAUCUAAUAUGCGCAGUGGGUGCAAUGCGCAUCCAGAUCUGGAACUUUCGGUUCAAAAUCAACCCAAGUUAUUUACAAACAUUGAUUUAGUUAGCUGGAUUCCACACACUCUUCUGAAACUCCGACCCUCGACGUCUUUGCUUCGCGCUGAGAGCCUCUGUUCUCAC